UUUUAAUUUGGUUAUUUUUGGUAUGAUUGUUGUCAAAACGGUGUUCAGAUAGUUAUUUUAGUUGCGUCAAUUGAUAGUGCAACCUCUUUAAAUCUUUAGGAGUUCUCGCAUGAAAGAAACAUUUUCUUUUGUUUCUCUUAAAGUGGGACAAGAAGUUCAGCCCUGGUUUAACUGCAUUUGUUGAUGUGGACUACUAUUUCUGUUCCAGAAAGUUUGAAAUUAGACUGUAGUGCAUUGUGUGACACAUUCUCUGAGUGUGCACAGCUCAGGUAGACUGACAGUUUAGUUGAUCAAUUUCUUUCCCUGCAACUGGAAUAAUUCCGUUCAGCUUUGUUGAAGUUGCAAAGUUGAUUUUCUAACGGGUUUUAUUUCCAAGACAUGGUACUUACCUGGAACCUUCUUCACAAAAGUCUGAUUUGUUCUCUAAAGAUACAAGUUGCCCUGAACAAGUGUGAAAUCAUCUGUGUGACUCGUAAUACAAUAAAAAAUAACUUGGGUGAAAAAGUAUGUUUCCGAUUGCCACCUUGCUUUGCAAAUCCAGGUCCCAGAAAGAGAGUCAGUAGCAGACUGUAGCCACAUUUUCAUUGUACUUCAGACAAAACCAUGAAAGCAUAUUCAGGUGUUGAAAACGUUCAGUAAUCCAUCACGAAAAGUAGAGAAGAAUCCUAGGACCUGGGAAUGAUGUGUGUUUACUACAAAGAGUUUCCACUAGUUUGAGGUUUGAGAUGCUGGCUACAGAUCUGUUCAUGUUGAAUUAGUUAGAGUGUAGCCCACUCUAAUAAAGAGUACCCUUCUUAAAAGGUCACAUAUUUAGUGCUAGUUAGCUCUGGAAUGUUGUGGUUUGACUACAGUUAAUCAACAUUAUGCACCACAGUGCUGUCUAUAGUGUAUUAAUUAUGGUAAUAACCUGCUGCUUUGGUAUGUACGCAUAAGUUUUCACUUGGAAAGUCACCACUAUAGCCUGAGGUAACAGUGAUAUAUUCCAAACUUAAAAUAUUGAGCCUCAAAAUUAAUGCUUUUAAGUUGUAGCCCCAACUGGAGAAUCGGUCAACGUUUUGAAACAUAAAAAAACUUAUUCUUUCCCUUUCUAAGUGGAACAUUUCUAGUAUAUGAUCAAGUCUUGACACAAGUGCACAUUUAUACAAAAUUAUUUUGCUUUUGUAGAAUCCUAUAGUAGUGAGUAACUUAAUAACAAGCAGCUACAGGAGGUGCACAAAUCAACUAUCUUGAUUUCCAUGACUACCAGGAGACAAACCAUGUCAAAUAAUCAGGAGAUGCCAGUCGGCAGCGAAUCAGAUUUACUGACGAUCGGGUCUGCAAGAGUCACCUCCUGAGCUGCUGUCCACAUGAUAUACUUUCUGGAACGAGAAUGGACCUUGGAGAGUGCACAAAAGUUCAUGACCUUGCACUGAGAGCAGACUAUGAAAUUGCCUCCAAAUUAAAGGACCACUUUUUUGAAAUGGAUGCCAUGGAUCACCUACAAUCCUUCAUCACAGACUGUGACAGAAGAACAGAAAUUGCAAAAAAACGUUUGGCAGAAACCCAAGAAGAAAUAAGUGCAGAGGUGGCAGCAAAGGCUGAGCGAGUUCAUGAACUUAAUGAGGAAAUCGGGAAGCUGCUUGCCAAAGCAGAACAGUUGGGAGCAGAAGGAAAUGUUGAAGAAUCCCAAAAGGUCAUGGAGGAAGUUGAGAAGGCACGAGCCAAGAAGAGGGAAGCUGAGGGGGACACCAUUGCUUCUCCUUCCUCCAGUGCAUUCUGGGAGGUUUAUCGGAAUUCCAUGCCAGCCUCCAGCUUCCAGCAGCAGAAGCUGCGAGUCUGUGAGGUGUGCUCGGCAUACUUGGGUCUUCAUGAUAAUGAUCGACGCCUUGCAGACCACUUUGGUGGCAAACUUCACCUGGGAUUCAUUGAAAUUAGAGAGAAACUGGAAGAACUACAGAAACUUGUUGCUGAGAAACAGGAGAAAAGAACUCAAGAGCGUCUGAAACGAAGAGAAGAAAGAGAAAAGGAGGAAAGAAUGAAAAGAAGGACCAGAUCUCGCAGCCGGGAUCGUAAAAGAUCAAGAUCAAGGGAACGCCGUCGACAUCGAUCCAGGUCUGCAUCCCAUGACCGACGCAAACGUUCCCGCUCUAGAUCAAGGGACCGGCGUCGUCGACACAAGUCUCGAUCUGGAAGCAGAAGCAGAAGCCGCAGUCACCACCGCAGCAGGCAUAGCUCAAGAGACAGAGAACGAGAGAGAGACCGGAGCAGAGAGAAAAGCUCUAAACGAAAGUCACGAGACCGAGACAGAUCCAGAGAUCGAGACCGAGAAAAAUCAAGGGAGAAGGAUCGCAGGGAGAAAAAGCGUUCCUAUGAGAGUGCUAAUGGAAAAUCAGAACACAGCUCUGAGGAACGAGAAGCAGGAGAAAUCUAACAGACAAAACAUUUUUGGAACUGGGGCAGAAGAUGUCUUUCUGAUUGUUUAACUCAACUAGGGGAGCUCUUGUUUUGUUUUCGGACUUAGAAAAAAAUUCCAGCAGCUAGGUGACUGAUAACUUAAAAAAAAUUAGAUAGUUGAAAAUGUUCAAGAUGUUUUGUCAGUUUAACCAACUGGUUUUGAAGGCAGCAGCUGGAGGUGCCUAGAAUGUACUGUGUGUGCAUGUACCAGCGCUUUAAUGCCACAGACAUUAGGGUUUCUCCUUCCAUUGGCAUGAGGUUGCUGUUUAGUUUUGAAUAAUCAAAUAAUUUGUUUUGCAUUUUUUAAAAGUGUGGAUCCGAAACUCGUGACAUUUUCUUUUCUGAAGCCUAAAUAAAAAGAAGUGGACCCGGUAGCUUUGGGAGUUACUGCUUUGUCACCAAGCAGUUUCUUAUUUGCUUGUUCCUGUUGGUUGUGCUGGCUUUGAUCCUUGUACCUGUGAUAGUUUUUACUUCAGAAAUUUCCCAAAAAUCAUAGUGUUUGUCUGUGUCAAAGUUCCAUUGUUUUUGACAGUGGCAGUGACAUUGACUUUCAACUAUUGAGCAAAAUCUUUCAGAAUUUCUUGCAUUUAGGUCAGAGAAACAGUCCAAAAGUAACCUAGGUGUUUCUCACCAAAAAAAAGUUUCUCUUCUCGCACUCAGAAGAAACUCUCCUCUCUCCCUCUGCAUCAUCCUUCCAUAACAUUGGUGUGUUUGUUAAAUAUUAAUCUGAUAGAACCUUGAUUGUUGUAUUCAGUUACAGCCAGAGAAGUCUCCUUGGUUUGGUUGGAGAGAAAAAAAGUUUUAUUUUUAAUUAACUUAUAUGGUGAAACAAAUUUGCUACCCAUUUGUUAAAUCACCAAAUAGGAUUCAUGAGGUAAAAUUCAACUGCUUCAGAUAAACUUGACCCUUUCUUCACCUUCAUUUCACCACCUCUGCCUUUCCAUUUAUAAAUAAAAUACAAAUUUGACUUGGAAGAUUUUUGCCUAAGUAUAGAUCUGACUGUGCACCAAGACAUUUUUGUAAACUAGAAUCCUAAAUUGUCAAGUUUGUAUUUUGUCUGUAUCUGUACCUUUUAGUAUAAUUAAAGGGGCUUGGUUUUAUUCUUGCAAUUGCUGUGUUAGUUCAGAUUGAAAGGGUCCAAAAGGGAGUUAAUGUGACUUCAGUAGCUAUUUAGGACUGUAUCCAGAAACACCACCAAGAAAAGACUUUACUGGCUUUGUGUGCAUGUAAUCCCAAAAAAAACUUCAGCAUGCCUUCAGCACACCUCUGGAAUACGAUACACAUCCCUGUUAUUUUCUAGUUUUACUCAUGAACUUUUUAUUUUUUGAAAUCAUGCCCAUGAGUAAUGUUUAGUGUUCAUUAUUCACACAAAAAUGGUUCAUUGUUUACCCAAGGAACAGAAAACAAUUUUCCGCACAUUAAAAACAAUUUAUGGAUAUUGUUUUGUAGGAGUUGAGAAUCCUGGGAUUUUUACAUGCUUGUGCAUACAUGGCAUACUCCAGGCAGCUUUAAGGUGUUGUCUGUGGCAGGCACCAGGGUGUCACAGAUCUAAAAUAUACCAGUGUAUUCCAUGAUGAUUAUAUCGCUCAUUUUUGUUUGCCAAUUGUGGUCAUCCCACAAUUACACUGAUUUUAUUUUUUUUAAGUGGUCCACUUUACUUUGAGAAACUGACUUAUGUUCUAUAAGAAUAGUCCGGUGUGAUGUUCCUUAGUAUCCUUAGCAGCAUUAUUUUUCUGCAUUGGGUACUUUGGUUACUAGCUGUUACACUGCUUGCCCCAUCACUUACUAAGUCCUCAAUGGUCAUUUGGUCAGAGAUUUCUGAGUCUACAAUUUACGACCCAAAUAACAAGGUUUUAUUUUAUUCCCCUUUAAUCACUUUUCCUUACAUGAUUUCUUGUCUAUACUUUAUAUUGUUAAUUGAAAACAAUUGAAAUAAAUUUUCUGAAAAACAUUUAAUAAGAGUUUCAAACAAUUUAAGUUUUCCUGUGUUGUAUCAAAUUGUGAUGAAUACUUGUUUGCAAUUAAAACGAACUGAUAUUGUCUUCCUCUGCUGACUUGGUGAGUCUGUUGGAACCUUUGGCCACUUGUGCCUUGUUCUAUUCCACUAAUAAGGUGCAAUGCUGGUUCCAUGGUUAAUUCUACUCCUUUGCAAGUGGUAAACUUGUUCUUGCAGAGUUAAGACGCGUAACAGAAAUGCAUUUGUUUUGCUUUUCCUGGGGUUGAACUGGUUGAUUUUUUUUUAAACUGAGCACACUCCAUUUUAAUUGCUAUUGUAAGGAAUGACUAUUAAGCCUCAUAUGGUAUAAUGGCAACAUUAUUAACCAGAUAUGAGAGUCCAAGCUCUACUGAUUGUUAUCCUUAAAAAACCUAGAAAAUCUAAAAUGGGGGUUUAAAAAAAGAAAACUGGCUUUUUUUGCAAUCAGUGAGUAUAGCUUGAGAUGCUUCCUUGUUCCUUCCUCCUGCAAUUAAUAUUAUUGUACUUUCAAUAGACAAUGUAGUUUCUAUCUUAUUUGUUGAUUAAAUCUAUCUGUACAGUG